AUGGUUCUAAAUCAUGAAAAUUUUAGCAUUGCCACAGUAAAAAACAAAGAAAAUAUUGCUAACAAUAGCAACUUAACGAGCUCAAUUAAUUUUAUCACGGAAGAAGCUUUUGAAAAAUAUUCAUAUUUCAAUUUUAUUCGAACCUCUUUACAAGAAAUAUUUGAAGAAUCAUCAUCUUCUUCUUCUUUUUUUGAUGAUCCAGAAGAAUUAUUUACUACUAAAUCUAAUAAUACUGUUGAGAUUAAGGAUAAAUCUAAAAAUUUAGUUGUUGAUCAUCGAGCUUUACCUGAUGAUGGAAUAUUAACAAAUGAAAAACCUGCUUCCAAAAAUAUAACCACGAAUUCAAAUAAAAGAAAGAAUGAAGAACCUAAAAGCGAGAUUAAAAUUGGUGAAAUUGACAGAAAAUUCAUUCAAGAAUUCGGUGAAAAGUUUAAAGAGGAGAAGGAGGAUUAUAUGAGAUGGCAAUACAAUAGAUCAAUCGAGAGAGUAAAAUAUUUAGAUAAAGCAAUUGCUUACCAAGUUGAGAGAUUUUAUGAAGUUUUAAGCGCAAUUGGACUUGCUCUUCCUCCACCUGUUCCUGGUGAUCCUGUGUUAAAAUUUGUACAGCAAAUUUACAUGACAGGAAAAUGUUAUAAUUUUGAAAUUCCCCCAUUUGCAUCUCCAAUUCCAAUACCAUUAGAAAAGGAGUAUUGGCACGAUAAUAAGAAAACAAUAAAUCAAAAUAUUGUCACUUCAAAUAAUAUUAAUGGCAACCAUACGGAUACAAAUGAAUCAAAUCAAGAAAAUUCUCAAGAAAAAAACGAUGAAAAUAAUGACAGCGACAAUAAUAAAGAUUUACCAAAAACGGAUUAUUGGAAGAAAAUGAGUUUACCGGUUGUGAGUAAAGAUCCUUUAAUUCCAUCAAUGGCUUCUAAACAUAAAGUUGACAUCGUAAUAUCGUCAAGCGGGCUUGUUGCGCUUGUAUCUUUACAAGCAUCUUCGGAUAUUGAGUUAGAGCUUCCUCUUCAUGUGGUUGAGUCAAAAUCAUAUGAUGGAUCAAUUAUUAAAACUGUUUAUAUUGAUAAACCACUUGUAAAAAAAAAAUCAACACCAAGGUCUAGGAAUCAAAUAUUCUAUAAUACAGCGUUUAAAAGCAUAGCAUUGAAAUCAAAAAUGAAUAUUAAUGAUAUUUUGAAUUUUAAGCCUACAGCACAAGCAUUUAUUAAAAGUUGCGAUAAUGAUAAAAAGGCUCGAAUAUUAGGCGUAAAGACCAAAUUGGAAUAUCAAUUGGAUGCUGGAUUAGAGGAGACUACGAUAUUGGAAAGAGCCUGUUGGUGGAUUUAUAAUUAUAUUCGACCAGAUGCACAUUUAAUGCUCGGUAGAAUUAAUGUUCUAAACAAUGAAUUACAUCUUGUUGAAUGGAGGAAAAUGAUUGACAUCAUUCCGGAUGGAAAUUGGCCUACACCAUACAGCAAUAUGAUUCAUUAUAUUAUGAAGAAUUUAAAAGGACUACCAGCAGGAACAUAUUUACUAUCCAAAUUAAAAGGUGAACAACACGCAACAAUCUAUAGAAAUAACGAAGCGAUUGAAACACAAGCAUCAACUGCUUCCGCUACCACCACCCCAAUGGAUAUAGAAACUGACGAUGAUGCUGAUGGUACAACAAUUAAUAUACCAGAAUAUGAAACACACUUUUAUGAUCUUCACAAAGCUCAUUCAAAACCGCCCAGUCUAGAUCGUGAAACUAUACCAUUUGUCAGAUUAAAAUGGAAUGGUCCACUAGAACAAGUUCCCGACACAUUCCCAAUUCGUACAACUGAUACGAGACCGCCAUCGUAUUGUCAUGACUUUAUAAUGAAUGGAGAGUGUGAAAGAUUAAAUUGUUAUCAUCCACAUUUAUCAUUACGAGAAUGUGAAGAACUUGGAGUCAAAAUUGAUUAUUGCUUUAGUUUUGCAAAAAACGGACAAUGUAAUAAGAGAAAG